GAGGUCGUAACAGGAAGAGAGAUAGACAAAGUUAAAAGGAAGUGUUCAUGUCUGAUACUAGUGAAAGAUGAAUAUAACAACACAUGAUAUACAACAAAUGUCUUCAGUCAACCCAUCUGUUCACUGGCUCAACGGAACCAGCAACGAUUCACAAAGACAGUGCUGGUUACACCCUGACCCCAUCGACACACAAGUCAAACCCUGGCUCUACCUGGCCCUGUCACUCCUGGGUUUCGUAGCCAACGGCCUGACCCUGCGUGAAUUCAUGAGGUUGGGGAGGACCCCUACCGUCAUCCUGACCCUCAACAUGGUGACCUCUGACCUCUUGCUGUGCGCCAGCUUUCUGUUCCGGGUGGUAUACUACCGGAGGGGUCACAUCUGGUCUGGAGGGGACACGAUGUGUCAGGCCGCCAUGCUAACCAUGAUAACAGUCUUCUACGUCAACCUCUACUGUAACAUAAUGCUGCUUCUCUGGACCAGUGUGACGCGCUACGCCACCGUGGUGCGGCCUUGCCCUGCUCUUCUCGUGCCCUUCACUAGGCCCAGAGAAUGCUGGGUACUCUGCCUCGUCACCUGGGUAACUGUGGUAACGGUGGUGAGUGCCAAUGUGGUAUUUCAGUUCGGACGAGGAAAAGGAAGAGGAGUAGACAGCUGCUUUGACAUGUUGGAGAAUCACCACAGAGAAGCGUUAAACAACCAACACUGCCUGGGGGUGGCCCUGUUUUUUGUGAUUCUCACCUUUAUUCUGGUCAACUAUGGGGGAUUAGUGUUGUAUCUGCAGAAGGUCAGGGGGUCCAACAACACAAACACAAGUGAAGGAGGGGCAAGGGAGUGGCGUGGGGUGAGUACAGGGGUGGCCGCAGGGGAUAGGAGGGUGAGUUGUGAGGUGGAAGAGGGGUGUGGGGUGAGUUUAGGGGAGACGGGGGGCAGGGGGGAGAACAUACAGGGUGUAAACUUGGAGGUGCAUUCAGGGGCAGGAGAGAGGCAGAGGAUGAAGAGUGGUAGUCUGAGAGUACGAAGGAAGAUCCUAGCUGUGGUUGUGGUGUUUGUGGCAUGUUUCCUGCCCUACCAUGUCCAGCGUGCAUUGACCCUGCUCUCACCACAUGGGGGAGACUGUGAGAAGUUGAGAACACAAUGGAAGGCGAAGAAUGCAACUAUAACCAUAGCAGCUCUGAGCUGCAUUGUACAUCCCUUACUCCAUCUGGCCUUGCGCCAUCUGCCCUGCUGCAGGAGACUACAGUAA